CGUGGCCCGAGCGGCCGGGCGACGGGAGGCGGCGGCGGCAUGAGCUACUACCGGUUACCCGUGGUGAUCGACAACGGCUCAGGAGUGAUGAAGGCGGGCCUGGCUGGGUCCCGGGAGCCUCAGUAUGUGUACCCCAACAUUGUCGGCCGCGCCAAAGGCCAGAGCUGGCGGGCCGAGGGCGCGCAGGAAGUGUGCGUGGGAGACCAAGCCCAGGAUCGCAGAAGCUCGCUUUCCAUCAGCUACCCAGUGGAGCGUGGUCUCAUUACUUCCUGGGGGGAUAUGGAGAUUAUGUGGAAGCAUAUCUAUGAUGAUAACCUGAAGCUAAAGCCCUGUGAUGGCCCAGUCUUGAUUACAGAGUCAGCACUGAACCCACUGGCCAGCCGGCAACAGGUCACUGAAGUGUUUUUUGAGCAUCUGGAGGUUCCUGCCUUCUAUAUGUCCAUCCAGGGGGUGCUAGCUCUCUUUGCUGCUGGCUUCACAACUGGCUUUGUGCUAAAUUCAGGUGCUGGGGUUACCCAGUGUGUACCCAUCUUUGAGGGUUACUGUCUGCCUCACGGUGUCUUGCAGCUAGAUCUGGCAGGUCUUGACCUCACCAACUACCUCAUGAUGCUGUUGAAGGAACAUGGCAUCAUGCUGCUUAGUGCUUCAGACAGAAAGAUCAUCACAGACAUUAAGGAAACCUAUUGUUAUGUGGCAAUGAACUUUGAAGAGGAAAAGGCCAAGAAAGCUAAUUGUAUAGAGAAGGUUUACCAACUACCUGAUGGGAAGACACUCAAGCUCCAUGACCAGCUCUUUAAUUGUCCAGAGGCUCUCUUCUCUCCAAAUCUCAUGCACCUUGAGACCCCUGGCAUUGAUAAGAUGUGCUUCAGCAGCAUAAUGAAAUGUGAUACAGAUCUGAGGAAUUCCUUUUUCUCCAAUAUUAUCCUUGCUGGGGGAUCAACCUCUUUCCCUGGUUUAGAUAAGCGGCUAGUGAAAGACAUAGCAAAGGUGGUGCCUGCCAACACCCCUGUGCAGGUUAUAGCUCCCCCAGAAAGGAAAAUAUCCGUGUGGAUGGGAGGCUCUAUUCUUGCAUCCCUGUCUGCCUUCCAGGACAUGUGGAUCACUGCUGCAGAAUUUAAAGAAGUUGGACCCAACAUAGUACACCAAAGAUGUUUCUGAAUACAGAUAGCAUGGUUAGAAGAAAAUGUUUUGAGCAUAUGUGAUAGAAAACUUUGGCUAUUAUAUGUUUCUGGAAGAACAGAAAAUAUUUCAAUUAUUGGAAUGUCCAUGCCUCUAUUGCAUUUCUAUAAUGGGGAGAAAUAAUGGUGAAGCAGUCAAAUAACAGAUGUUUACUGAGUAAAAUUAAAUGCU